AUGGGUUUGCUCAGUUACUUUCUUGGUAUUGAAGUCAGUAAUACUCCUAAUAAUUACAUCCUUACUCAAAGAAAGUACACUAAGGAAAUGUUAACUGACUAUGAGCUUGACAUUUCCAAACCUGCAGUCACACCAUUUCCAUUAAAUCUAAAGCUUUCUCCCGAGGGUGAUAAUUAUCCUAAUGCUGGCCUAUGUAGAUGUUAUGUAGGCAAGUUAAACUUCCUUCCUCAUACCAGACCAGACCUUUCUUUUGAUGUUCAAUCUCUCAGCCAGUUCUCGCAUUCACCAAAGCUCUCUCAUAUUGUUUCUCUCACUCACACUCUCGGAUAUGUUAAUCACACAACAUGUCAAGACAUCAUUUUAAGGGCCACAUAUCCACUUACUCUAAAAGAUUUGUCUCACUCUGAUUGGGCAGCUUGUCCUUCAACCAGGAGAUCAGUAACAAGUUAUAUUCUCCUCCUUGGUACUUCUCCAAUCAGUUGGAAAUCCAAGAAGCAAUCCACUGUUUCUAAAAGUUCUUCUGAAGCAGAAUACAUGGAAAUGUCUCAAGUUGUUGGUGAGGUCUCAUGGAUAGUCAGAUUGCUACAGGAAUUGGGUAUCCAAGGUUUAAAACCAUUUCAAAUUAACUGUGAUAAUCAGUAUGAUCUUCGUAUUGCCAAGAACCCUAUUUUGCAUGAAAGGAAAAAACAUAUUGAAGUAGAUUGUCACUUCACCAGAGAUAAAGUUCUUAAAGGUCUUCUUAAUCUCCCUACACAACAUCAAUUGGCUGACAUAUUCUCCAAGAUUCUGCUGAGUUCUCAUCAUACGAAUCUAUUUUCCAAACAUGGCAUGGUCAAUGUCUUAUACAUACCAAGUUUGAAGGGGGGUGUUGGUGUCACUUUCCUACUACCAUUGCUAACCUUAUGCUCUCUUAUGUUCUACAUUUCAUAUAUAGAGCAGGGCACAUCAAUGCAUCUUUUUACCGGCAACAACACACUAACCAACCGGCCUGCCUUCUAG